GAAUUACUCAGAAAGCGAGAUGUGAGUGAACCAGUAUAACUGUUUAUUCCUAGAUUUCUCAUUGAAUUAUUAAGAUAAUAAAUGAAAAUUUAAAUGGAAAAACACUUCAUAUCAAUGUUUACUAUCGUAUACAAAUCAACUGGAUAGCAAGCAUAAAAUGAAAUGCAGAAAAAUAAUUACCAGGGUGUUUAUUAAAAUUAACUUCUACGAUUAUUGUACACUACUGUUUUCAUUAUUCUUGUACAUAAAUUCAUCCCAAUUUACAAUCUAUGCAACUGAAUUAAAAUCUAAUUAUCAAGUAUUUGUAAAUAUGCAAGAAGAAAUGGGUAGAACAGCUGUAGUCGCUGAUUUGAAGAAGCUAUUCGCUGAAGCUUUAUCUCAAACGUCUUCCGAACAAAUAAUCAGUUCAAACUUUGAACCAAAAUUUAAAUUUCUUGAACCUAAUCCCCUAUUUUUUCUUGAUGUAUUAAAUCCAAAUGAUCAGUAUUUACGAGUGAAUUCACGGGUGAACAGAGAAGCUGUUUGUUCAGUUGAACAACUAUGCUGUUCUUCAGGUAUUUCAUACAAUGAAUAUAACAAACAAAUUUCAUCAGGAGACAGUAAACCAUGUGUAAUAGUUCUUCUUCUUCUAGUUGACUUUGUAGAUACUCAUCAUGACAUUAGUAACAGUUUUAAACAGAUAAUACUACAAGUUAAUGUACAAGUGUUGGAUAUAAAUGAUAAUGCACCAGAAUGGAGUUCUCAUGAAUCACUGACUGUUUCAGCCUAUCACGUGGAUAAGCAUUCAGUUAUCUAUCAAAAACUACAAGAAAUUAAUAAAGUCAUCCCUAAGCUAGAUUUAACCAUUUCAGAGCAUACUGAUGUAGGCACAAGAAUUGCAUUACCACAAGCUAUGGAUCCAGAUGCUAGACCAGAAAAUACAACUUCUAUGUACGGAAUUUAUGCACAAACAGUCAGUGGAGCCUUUUCACUCGAUUGGGAUACAGUAUCAAGCAAUACAGAUGCAUCACGUAAUACUGGUUCCGGUUUAUGGUUGACUGUAAAUAUGGAUUUAGACUAUGAAAAUAGAACAACACAUGAAGUUUUAAUUUAUGCUUCAGAUGCAGGUAAACCAACUCCUCUAACUGGCUAUCUAUUUUUAAAUAUUUCAAUAACCGAUAUAAAUGAUCACCCACCUUUAUUUUUAAAACGUUAUGAUGAAAUAUGGAUUAAAGAACACUUACCAAUCCGUACACCAAUAUAUCGCCCAACAGUUACAGAUAAGGAUGUAACCGACAGAUCACGUCUAAAAUUCAGUUUUUCACCAUCUGUAUCAGCAGAAACGAAACAGUUAUUUCAAGUUGAUCGAACAACUGGAUCAAUAUCAGUGUACGGUCAUGUAGACUUUGAACAUACACAUAAACAUCGUAUUCCUAUUUUAGUAACAGAUGGUAAAUGGACAGAUGAAUCUGAACUGGUUGUAAAUGUUAUCAAUUUAAAUGAUCAUGUACCUAAGAUACAACUUCAUUCACCAUUAGAAUUCAGACAAAUGGAUCGAAAUUUUUACUUUGCUAAUAGUAUCAGUGAUACACUACACUCUUCAAGAUUUCAUUUAACUAUACUAGUGAAAGAGAAUGGGCCACCAAAUCAAUUGGUAGCAACAGCAACUGUGACUGACAAAGAUUUGACUGCUGAACUACGUGCAAGAAAAUUGAACAAUGCAAAAUUAGCUCAAGAAAAUCCUGUUAUUUUUUCGUCACAAUCAUCGUUAACACUACCGCCAUACAUGAAUACAUCACAAAAUUUCAGGUAUUCACAAAUCCUUGAACCGGUGUGUAAAGUAAAUCACAAAGCAUUUCAAAUAAGCCCAUUACAUGUCGGUGAAAAUGUAUUAGAGAGUGGAAGGUUUAGAUAUAAAAUUAACCUAGCUGAUACGUCUUUGGAUAGGGAACAAGAAGCUAGAUUUUUUGUCCAUAUAGAAUGUCAUGAUAACGAUGAAUAUGAUAAUGGAUACGACUUUAAUAAAAAAGUUGAUCGAACUGUUUUACAUAUGUCAGAAUACAGAAGACAUUCAUCAACAGCCAUUUUAGAAGUUAUUGUCGCUGAUGAAAAUGAUUGUACUCCAGUAUUUAAAGGUCCUUUAACAGGCAUUCUUGAGGAAGGAGCACCGGUUGAUACAGUUGUCUUAAAGCUGAGUGCUGAAGAUGCUGACGAUCCAGCAACGAAUGCUGGAAACCUUGGACUUCGUUACAAACUACUUACAGAGGGUAAACCAACGUUCGCUAGCAAUAAAAAAGAAAACAGUGGUGAUACUCCAUCUUCCCAAUUGAAAGAUUCAAACUUGCCACCACAGCCAUGGUUUCAACUGAAUCCUAUUAGUGGUGAGUUAAAGUCCUUGGUAAUAUUUGACAGAGAAUUAAUUAAAUCGAUAUCUUUACUGGUUGAAGUCCGGGAUGGAGGUGACGUGAACAUGAAAACCAUACCUGUAAUGCACACUAAUAAUUCUACAAUGAAAGAAAACAAAAUCAACGCUACUGUGACAAUCGAAAUCGCGGAUGUUAACGAUUGCAUACCGACUUUUACACAACAAAUAUAUGAAUUCAAUAUAAGUGAAGAUUCAAGACCGCCAGUACGUAUCGGAAAAGUUGAAGCAUAUGAUUGUGAUGUAGACGAAUCAAACAGACAUUUAAAUUAUUGGCUUCAAUCUGUUCACCAUUCAAUGCUCAAUGAUAAAUCACAUUUUACUAAUGAUAAGGAUUAUUCCCUAAAAAAUUCUACCUAUUUCACAAUACAUUCCAAUUUAAUCAACUGGUUUUCAAUAUCUAAAUCCGGUGACUUGUAUUUUCGUAUGCCACAAAUGAAUUCACAAAUUACUGGAUCUAAUUUUAAUGAUCAAUUUAUGCCAUUAGAUCGUGAAAGACUGGAACUUAUUAUAAUGGAUUUAUUUGCUAAAGAUAACGGUAAACCAUCUUUAACUGGAUCAGCACAAAUUGUUCUGAGAAUAUUAGAUGUUAAUGAUAAUGCACCUGAAUGGGAAUUUCCUAGAGUACAACACAGAACGAUUAAUCUCAGUGCAGAUGCAGCUGUCGGCCAUAGGAUAGCACAAUUAAUUGCUAACGAUCCAGAUGAAGGUCUUCGAGGCAAAGUAACCUAUAGUUUGCUAAGUGGUAAUGAAGGCGGACAAUUUGAAUUAGACUCUGAAAGUGGAUGGCUGUAUUUGGCACAAUCAAUAACCACUUACCAUUCUUCUUCAGCAUCAUCUCGUCAAGAAGACAACAAGAAUAACAAAAAUGAAGAGCAGAUUAAAUUUAAAAAAUGGAAUCCUAUAACAACUUCAAUGUUUCGUCUAUAUGUUCAAGCUACAGAUCAUGGUGUACCGCCAAAAUCUUCAUCAUCUGUUUUAGACAUUUUUAUUCAAAAACCAUUUAUAUCUCCACCACAAAUUAGUAGACCACAAAAAUCUCGGAUAAAAGCAUUUGAUGAAAAGAAUAAAAGAAUAAACAACAAUGGAAAUAUUGACUACGAAUCAGAAGAAGCAUUGAAGUUGUCUUCACAUUCCGUAAACGCUGACGUUUCACAUUCAUGGAGUUCCCAGCUAAAUCAGUCACAUAGAGGUGGAGUAAUACUUUCAUCGGAUCUAUUAAUAUUGAUUGCCAUGGUGAUAGCAACAUUAGCGGCACUAGUUUUAAUUUUUAUUCUAUUUGUGAUAGUUCGUUGUCGUGGUGUUAAAACACAACAUCCAAUGAGACCAGGAGAAUCACAUUAUCAGUUCAAUGAUCCACAGCGUAAUCAUUUACAGAAUCAUCAUUCCGAAGAACAACAACAAACACCUGGAAAAAAGUGGCGUAUUAGUUUUGGUACUUCAUCCGCUGACUUACCAAGAAAUAAACUGAAGAAAAAGCUUCCAGAAUCUCAUUUUAGUCUGACACAGUGUUUACGUUCACCUCAGCAUAAAUGUCCAAUUCCUUGUCAUAAAAGUCAAACACUGAGAUCAGGUUGCUUCAGUGGAUUAAGGUACACUUCAGAACAAGGAAAUCAAGAUGAAAACUGCCGACUAACACCGUUAUUAUUUACUAGUACCUCAAUAAAAUCUGAUCAUCAGUCAGAUGAUGUGACAAUGUAUUCAACACGCAUUCCAGUAUCUGUUUCACUAGUUCCUUCAGGACCAAGUAGUUUGGAUGAAAAUUACAAGUCUAAUGAUUACAGUAUUUUACUUCAUACUGGUCAUUUAAUAGAACCUAUUCUAGCUCAACCACAAUGUACUCAUCGUUAUUUAAACAAUGUUCAAUCAUUUAAACAAAAUUACACUACAAAUGAUAAUGAAAAAUGGCUUCUUGGUACUCCAAAUUGUACACUAUUGUCAACAAAACCAACUCUAUAUUCAGAUGGUGAUCAUACUAACGACAACACUAAUAAUAACAACAACAGUGAUAGCAAUAUAACUUCAUCAACAUUCCCUGAAAAUACUACAGCACAAAUCAAUCUUUGUUCACUUGAAGACCAUUGUAACAAUAACGAUGUCAAUAAUCAUAAUAAUAAUAAUAAUAGUAAUUUAAAUGAACAAAUAAAAUCUGUUUAUCUGUGUGAUAAUGAACAAGUGAACAAUACAAUGCAUCAUACAUAUACACCAUUGAAGUGUAAACAACAUUCCAUUGGUACACCAGAGAAAAAGUAUAACAGAGACAAUCAUAAUUCCAGUUUUGUUUAAAUUAAUCAAGUCAAAAAUGUUUUAAAUUGCUUUUUUCCCUCUUAUUGUAUGUUUUCUUAUUAUUAUUGUCAUACAUACUUAUGCAAGCAAAGCCUCUUUCCUUCAAAAGUAUGAAUGAAUGUUAGUGUAAUCCAUCGGGUUAAUAAUCUGCUCUCUUAUUCAUACUUUUUUAUCUUUUGCACAUUCUGUGGCAUUAGUACCCGUCUCUUCGUGUGUUUUUCUUUUGCUCGCUUUUUUUUCAUUUUCAAGCCAUACUACUAAUUUCUUUCAUUUUCCCCUUUUGUCUUUAAACAAUUAAUUUCCUAAAAAUAACUAUCAAGUAAAAAGUUAUGUAUGUAGAGGAAAAAGGCAAAGUAAUUCGAAAAACUUCUUCACAAUCUUAAAUUAUUAUUUUUCUUGCAUAAAUAUAAGACAGGAAAAAAGAAUAAUAAAUACUUCAACACUUUUAAUGCAUCAAUUGCGUACAUAAACACACACGUAGCGAGGGAGAGAGAAAGAGCGCGCGCGCGCAAUAAAUUACAAAUAAUUAAAAACUGUUAAUAUGAGAUAUUUACUCUUUUGUUUCGCAGUUGACACAUUUUUCUACAUGGAUUAUAUAAUAAGUUCAAAAUCAUGUAUAACUGCAGUAAAAUCUAUAAAAAGAACAGAAUAAGACAUUUAUGUAUUAUAUGAAGUAUGCGAAGACAAAAAGUAUUACACAAUAUUCUCUUUCUCUCUCUCUCUCCGUAUCUUUAUUAUGAUAACACUAAUCAGUAUAGCAAUCUAAUGAUGAUAUUAUUUAUGUAUGUGUCUUAAAACUUAUAUACAUUCUUAGUGAUAACAGUAUAUACGUAUAUGUAUAUAUAUAUAUAUAUAUUGAUUCGCAUUCAUUUUGCCUUUUAAAUACUA